AUGGGAAACUAAAGCGAAAAAAAAAUUGCUAAUUUUAAAUAAAAAGUCAUAGGAUAUUACUUUUAUCCAACAACAGGUAUUUGCAUAUUAUUUCUACUUGCUAAUUUAUAUUAUGGUUAUGCUUUGACAAUAUGGGGUGGAAUAGUAAUAUCAAUAAUAACAUUAAUAUAAUACUUUUGUUAUAAUUAGAUUAGCAAGUCAUUAGAUUUGGGUUUGAAUGCAGAUUCAUAUUCCAUUUAUUUAGAUAUAUUAGCUUUAAAUGGAGCCAUUUAAGUAAUAUAUUAUAUCUAAAAUAGCUUGGUAGUACAUUAUUUGACUUUUUUUGGUAUGGUUAUUGGAUAAUCCCAUUAAUAUUAUUAUAUAAGGGUUCUCUAAUUAUUUGGGGUUGGUUAUAGAAACCUUAAUAUGCUGAAGAUGAUAAGAAAGAUAAAAAGAAAAAAGAUAAUAAACCAAAAGUAAAAUAUGUUAAAUGAA